AUGGCAGGAGAAAACUAUAUAGGCUCCAAAAUUUCGCUCAUCAGCUUGAGUGAUAUUCGUUAUGUUGGUAUUCUACAUAGUAUCAAUGCACAGGACUCUACCGUUGGUUUAAAGCAAGUACGCUCUUAUGGUACAGAAGGUCGUCGUGGUAAACCAGAAGAGGAAAUUCUUCCUUCUGAUAAUGUUUUCGAUUAUGUUGUGUUCCGUGGAAAGGAUAUCAAGGAUCUUCAAGUAUUUGAACCCCCACCACCUCCACCUGCUCAGCCUCCUACUUUACCUCAAGAUCCUGCGAUAAUGAGUAUGAGUGGAUAUCCACCUAUGAAUCCUUACAUGAACAACCCUCCUAUGUACAUGCAACCACCCCAACCUCCAUCGCAACAACAACCUCCCUCAGCCACCGGCCUGCCUGGUUCUCAACCAGCAGCAGCAGCUACUACGACACCAGUGGGUAAUGCAGGUUUGAACAACCAAAAUUACUGGCAACCCCCCACAACAGGUUUUGGUAUGGAACAGCAACAAUCCUCUUUUGAUAACUUGGGCAGCAAUGACAACAACAAGAUGCCGGAAGCAAAGAUUUCUGCUGGUGGUGAUAAAGAUAAUGCUGCAGUAGCGGAAAAGGAUCCUUUGGAUGAGUUGAAGGCUGAAUUGGAAGCUUCUGAUGCUUUACAACCGAACAGUAUUAAUGAAGCAGCAAUUGAGCGGUUGGCAAAGAAAGUGAGCGAAAUGGGUUCCAACGACGACUUUGUUGUGUCAAAUGAAUUGUUGAAUAACAACGCUUUGUCGAAUGACAAUGCCAACAAUGUGGUUUCUAAGGGUGAAAAGACAUCUUUGGCAACUAGUGACGAGGACCAACAAUACCAACAACAGCAGCACAGACAGCAUCAAAACCGACGCCAACAAUUUAACCAAUAUUACAACAAUAACAGUAACCAACAGAAUCAACGUAAUAACAAUUACCAUAGACGUUACAACAAUAACAAUAAUCAAAUGAAGAAGACCGAAUUGGUCAUCCCUAACUCAGAAUUUGAUUUUGAAGCUGCUAAUGCUAAGUUUGAUAAAAAUGAAGUGAUCAAAAAGGAUAUCCUUGGUGACGUGGGUGAAACGAAUGAGGCUCAGGCAGCUACUUCCGAGGAUCAACCGGAACACGACGACAAAGAGGGCGACAUUGAGAUUCCCAAGCCUGAUGAUUUUUACGAUAAAUCUUCCAGCUUCUUUGAUAAUAUUUCUUGUGAAUCCAAGGAGCGUAGUGAGCAACAACAGCAACAACAGCAGGAACAAGAAGGAGCCAUACCUCAACGUCGCAGCCGUUAUCACGAAGAACGCAAAUUGAACAUGGAAACAUUUGGUCAAGCUACAGUGGACAAUUCAAGAUAUCGUCAUAAUAAUUAUAAUAGAACUAACAACCGCGGUGGAUAUCGCCCUAAUAACAACCGUGGUGGAUACAACCGUCAAUAUAACAACCGUAAUAAUAACAAUAGCUACGGUUACAACAAUAACAGGAGAGGCUUCCAGCAACAACAGCAAAACCAGAUUCAACAACAGUCUGAUGCCUUAUAA